CAACAGUAUUUCAAUCUAAUAUACAAUAAUAAUCUCCCGAUCACUAUUGCCAGCGUUGGCAACAUGGUAAACACGAACACGGCAUGGCGACGCGAUACAAGCGACUUUGAUUUCCACCACUACUGCUUCUACAACCCAGCCCUUUCCCAAAAGACUAUAUCCUCUGGCCUACAGAUAACGCGAUCCGGGAGUGUUAGCAUGACCACCGCGCACGAAUGGUCGUCGAGCAACUGGAUUCUGUUCUUCCAGGAGGGGCGCUACUUCAUUCGCAACUAUGACGAUGACCUCGGAGCUCUCCAGUUAGGAAUUGAGUCGAAGGUGGCGAAAGAACCCAAAUUGCUGUCUCGAAACGGAGGGCUUGGACAACAGUGGAUAUUGACAAGGGCCGAUGGGGGGGACGAGAAUAGCUGGACAUUAACAAAUGGGUUAUUAGGGAACAAUACGUAUUUGGGUCUGGAUGGUGUGAAUCUUCUUAUGACCAGCGACAAGUCAAGGGGGACCGUGUGGGAUAUCGAGAUGAACGAGAGCGCGGGUAUACCACAGGCCGGCAGUCCCAAAGUUCAGAGUAUACAGAAUUUGGAGCCAUUUCCAGUGACUUCGUCAUCAUCUACAUCAACCGCGGCCACUGUGAGCAACACAAGCUCGGUCUCUACUCCGGGUUCCAGUGCAGCAGGUCUUCCAGGUGCAGCAACAUCACCAGCCGCACCACCACCGCAAUCAAUAUCACCGUCUCUCAGUACCGGCGCGAUCGCCGGUAUCAUCAUAGCUGCCCUAGCGACUGGCGCCAUACUCGCAGCUCUUUGCCUAUUCCUACUAUCGCGGAGGAAGAAAGCGAAGGCAGUAGCAGCGUAUGCAUCGUCGGCAACGAUGCAAGUGCAGUACCCCAAGCAGAUAUAUGCGUCGCACGCGCCACAACUUGAUAAUGUCAAUCCGGUGUACGAAGCCCCGGUCGUUAGGCCGGCGCAAAAGCCGUACGAGCUCACGACCGAGUAUACGGCGGAACUGGAAUCGCCUAUCGUGAAAGAUGCGCCUAGACCAAAAUAA